CUCUAUUAAGUCAAUCAACAUGCCUAUCAGUGAUCAUGCCCCCCGGUUGAAUUUCCUCAAGGAUUCGGCCUCUUCCUUGGCUUCGCUCAGUCCGUCUACAGCGGCCCAUCUGAUGGCGGUCCACCACCAUAUCUUCCAUGAGGAAUGUAGACCUUUAAAUUCACGACUCCAGGAGAACUACUGUGGUGCCUGUGGCAGUCCCAGGAAGCCAGAAUGGACCAAAACCCGCAAGGUCCAUCCGAAACCUGCCAAGAAAACAAAGACACAGGGGGCAACAGUCUACACAUGCCUUCGCUGUCACAGCCGGACAGUGAAGCCUGGGCGUAAAGAUUCACUGCCAACAAGAGUCACUAAAGUUGCUACAAAUGCUUCAGCCUCAGCUUCCCCUGUCGACUCCCCUGGGGUCCCUCUGCCAGAUGAUCGCAAAGUGGUGGACAAUGCCAGCAGUAAGAAACGGGCCAAAGCCAGGAAACAGGGAGGGCUGCAGGCAUUGAUGGCCUCCAAACAAAAGACCCAGAAUAACACCUCCUCUCUGGAUCUGUUCGACUUCCUGCAGCAAUGAG